AUGGGAGCCGGUGGCAAGAAGGCGAAAGCCAAAGAUAAGAAUGGGAAGGCUGGAGCAAAGCAGAAAAAUAAAAACAGCAAGACUCCUGAAGCGAAAGAAGAAGACCAGACGACAAUUCAAUCCUCGACUCCUAACAGCCCAGUCCCUGUGGUACAAGAACCCGAACUCGGCCAACCGGAACCACUGGCAGUACUUGAGCAAAUCCCAGAAGUCAUCGAACCACUUGAACUUGAAUCUUCUCCAACUCCAGUCGACCAUGAGGAACUUGAACCAGAGAAAGUCUCAUCUGAACCUGAAGAACCCUCAGAUCAACCACCAUCUCUGAAGGAACCUCAAGCCGACACCGAGGCUCUCGUGUCAACCGACCAAGACACGACGACCCAAGCUCCUCCUAUUGAGCCCGAGGAGAGUCAACCAUCAAACGAAGACAGUCACCAGCCUGUUGAAGAACCUACCAAGCCGGAAUCACGGGAGCAAACUCCCAUCGCGUCUCCAGCUGUCCCAUAUUCGCCGGUGCCAUCGCAAGUACCACUACCAUCGCCUUCUCUGACGGAGGUCCGGUUUGUGUCCAGCGCUUCACCAGAGGCCCAAUUCUACCCUGCAUCUCCGGCACUUGCACGCUACGCAUCACCUGUACGCUACGCUUCACCUGUACCGUACGCAUCACCGGUGCCAUACGCUUCACCAUUGCCGUACGCUUCGCCAGUGCCCUACGCUGCGCCUGUACCGUCCGUUUCACCUGCGCCAUACGCCUCGCCUGGAUCGUACGCUUCACCAGUGCCAUAUACGCCGCCCCAUCCUUACACAUCACCUUUUGCAUCGCCCUUUGCAUCGCCCUUUGCAUCACCUUUUGUCUCACCCGUGCCCAAGGUCAGCAGUCCGCUGGCUCAGUCUCAUUAUCCAUAUAUGCCUCCCGCCAUGCCUCCAACAAUGUCUCCCACCGCAACACCCCCACCUCCUCAAGCACCACCACCACCUCCUAUGAUGGCUCCUCCACCCCCUCCAUCUAAUCAGAGCUAUAAUAGCGCUGUUCACUCACCUGUCAUGAGCUCUGCUGGGGUCGUUCCACCUUAUGGCCAUUAUCCUCCCCCUCAAAGCCCUCAUUACAUGCACCGGAGCUACAGUGUGUCUGACCAGCCAUAUGCAUCUUCAUUCCAAGCCCUCCGCGACCUACCCCUACCAGGCAAUGGCACAACACACGAGAACGGCACUAUAUCGCCACCCGACAACCAUGACGCCGAGCAUAUCGAGCUACUGCAGCGCAUCCAAUCUGCAAUUCCAGAUAUCAACCGUCUCCUGCACGGCUUCCAACACACCCACACGCGCCUCAGCAGCCGCGAAGCAGAAAUGAAGCAAAUUGGCAACCAGCACGAGCAAGCAUUAAUGCACAAGGAGUUCUACAUUGAGGCACUCCAAUCCCAAAUGAAGAAGACCGCCAACGAAAGUGCUGAAGAAUGCGCUAAGCUGAAGAACACUAUCAACGAACUGCGCCUCGAGCUUGGAAACCUUCAAGAGAAGCAACGAGAUCUUGAAGAUGGACUGGCCACGCACCAAAAGUCUAACGAAGAGCUCUCGCAGGGCAAGAGUGAUCUCGAGGCGGAGCUUGCCACGCUGAACACCAGUCUCGAGGAGUCCAAGGUCGCGCACGAGAAGGAGCGCGAGGAGCAGAAGGAAGAGCAUACCAAGGCUCUUGCGACGCAGAAGCAGGAACUGACGGAACUCUUCGAGGAGAUUAAGAACGAAGACGAGAAGGCCGCUGCCGACACUCUCGAAGCACGCGAGAAGGACCUCCGUGAGCAGCAUGAGGCUGAGAAGGGUGAAUGGGAGAAGGAGAAGAUGCUGAUGCAGGAGACACUCGAGACUCAGCGCAAUGAGCUCGAAGCAACCAAGACAGAACUGGCUUCUAAGAUCGCCGUUCUUGAAUCCAAGGAGGCUGAAUUGGAGUCUCGCCUUGCUGAGCUCACUUCGAUCCGUGAAGAAGUUGCUGGUAAAGUGGCGGAGCUUGAGGCUAAGGAGAAGGAGCUCCAGGAUACUCGCGAUAAGAACGCGAAACAGAUUGCAACGAUCCAAAACACCCAUGCGGGCGAAUUGGACUAUAUGCGCGAGGGCCAUGCGAAGGAACUGGCUACUGCUGCGCAAGAGCUGAACGACAAGAUUGCCGCUAUUGAGGCCCAGCUCGCGGAGAAGGAGAAGAGCUGGGAAGCUGAGAAGGCGGGCUUGGUCCAGCAGAUCUCUGAGAAGGACGGAGAGCUGUCCAGCUCUGAGCGGGAGAGAGAGAGACUAGAGGGAGAUGGCAUCGUCAAGGAACAGCAACUUCAGCGUGCAGUGGAUCAGAUGAAAACGACUAUCGAUCAUCUGGAUGGCGAUUGCGACCGACUGAGGAAGACACUUCACAGUCUCGGGGAGGCCACCGAUCUCAAGACUAAGGGCGACCGAUUCUUUACCGACUGUUUCACGCAACUCUCGCAAAUGAUCCACGAUCUCUCACAAGACCACUUCGCCUACCUCCCCAUCGAUCCACCAAAGGACAUCCUCUCCAAAAUCCCCUCUGAACUGCCUUCCUUCCUCGACAACAGCCCCGCCUCCCGCGACCUCCGCUGCGCCUACAUCCGCCACGUCGUUUCCAAAACCCUAACCUACCGAGUCUUUCAACCCUUCCUCUUCACCCUCGGCCGCCGCUACGACAAAGCAGACACAUUCUUCCAAAUGCUCUCAAUGGACAUCCGCCGCAAAUCCGUCCGCCGCGAAGCAUUCUGGCGCCAGCAGACCCUCAAAGCAGCCUACACGACCUCCGACGCAAAGCAAUCCAUCAACGUCGCCGCAGCGGUCAUCGUAGACGAAAUCAUCGAUCACAUCCGCCACUUCGCUGAUCCCAAACACCUCGACUCCCUCCUCAUAACGGUGCGCAAGAUCGUCAAGCUCGCGGCCGAAACGUGGCGCCACGCUCGCGUCGAGCGCGAACUCGUCUUGGCUCUGCUGCCGGCGCCGGACGCGGAGGACGUCUCGAAUGAGGGGUGGCUGGAGUACGGGGUUGCGAAGGAAGUGAGUCCGAUUCAGAAGACUGAUCCGACGCGCCAUGUUGUGCUGCGCACUUUCCCGUGUGUUGUGCGCGAGGCGGCGCAUGAGGACUUUGCCUUUGCGUCCGGGGAGAGGGCGAAUCCGUGCGUUUACUCGGUUGGUGAGGUUCUCUUCUCCGAUUCGCCUGUCAUUAUGGCGCGGCUGCAGGAGCUGGCGAAGAAAUCUACGGAUACGCUGGUUAAUGAGGGGGGCCAGUUGAGUUUGAAUUUGUCCCCGGCUAAGACGAUUGGUGAGCAGGAGUUGGUGCCGCUACGGGGGAUUGAGAAGUUGGUUGCUAUUCAUAAUCCGCCGGCGAAAUUGACGGUGCAGUCUGCGCCGAAUAGUCCCAAGGGGCAGUUUAUGAAGACUUGA